AGGUAUAAGUGGAGUGGACAGUUCCAUUGCGCAUCAUAAAGCAUCUAGGCAGGGAGGAGACAAAGCCAAAAUUCCUGUUUGCCAGUCUUUCCAGCAUGUGGAAGCUGGUGCUCUUGGUUGAAUGCACUAUGCUGAUGUUAAGGGGGCUAGGGCAGGGAGCACCCUUAAGACCUGAGGAGACAUGGAAACCUUUGGAUAAUCCCAGGAACAGAGAUCUGUUUUUCAGAACUCUCAAGGCGUAUUUUUCUGGGAGAGGGCUUGAUUUCAGAAAGUUUUCAGAUACUUUUACAGUGAGCAAUGACAAACCAAGGCCCAUCACAUUGUACUCAGAUCUUGUUGCCUCUGCGUUUGCGGCUUAUGAAGAGAAUAAAAACUCAAAGGCUGAAAAAUACAGAAAAAGGUGACUUCUUAAGAAUGUCAGAUUUGGAAUCAUCUAUGGAGAAGUGUUACCACUUGAUUUCUAAAUUAUAAUUGUCUGACAUGAUACUAUUUUCCCUAAAGAUCAGAUGCUGUAUAUAGAAAUCUGUCAUCCAUGUGUUUCCACAUAUUUUGCUUUGUUUAAAUAAAUGACUUUCAAACACCA